CAAACUUAUCAUGAUAUAGUGAAAGAAAUUAGAGAUGCAGUAUUAAAGCGAUUAUAUGAUUAUGGUGGAACAAAACAACGUUUAUCACAACUAUUAGAUGAAGAACAACAAAGAGAAUUAGAACAAGAAUUAGAAGAGGAACGUCAAUUAGAACGUCCACCACCUGUCAAGCCAUGUGAACCUAUUCUACACGAGGAAAUUAAGCAAUUGUGGGAUAUACAUGACACUAUGAUGAAUUUAGCAGAUUUUCCGAAUAUAUUUCGUCCUUUACCAUAUGCUUUCAUGGAUACAACAUUUGUCAACGACUGUCAACCUAAUAAUUGGCGAAAAAAUUUUUGGAUUUCAACCGAAUUUCAGCGUGUAAUUGCGACUAAAGGAGAAUCAUUAAAUCCAUUUUUACGUCCUCCAAGGUGGAUUAUUAUUUAUCGUAACGAACAAUUAAUUUUUCUGAGUGCUUUAGAAGCUAACUAUUUGAUCGGCUGCUUAAAUUCUUUUUAUCACAAACAAAGAUUCGAACAACCAUCGAUCACAACAUUACAUCUUUUAGUACCACGUAUUAAACGAAUUCAAUCAAUUAUUCUGAAUACACCAACACUCACUAUUCCUCCAUCAAUUGAACAUCCAAAUGGUGCCAUUCCUUUCUUAAUACCUCUCGAAUGGUUGGUUCAAUUAUUUAUUUUUAAUGGUACACUUUAUUUUGAAACAACUGAUGAGCAGACCGCUUAUUGUCAAUGUUUAAGCUUAUGUCCGAAACCUCGAACUAUGAAAGAAGAAGAAGCAUUUGAAAAUGGUUGGAUUGCCCCUGAUGAUUUUGUUAGUAACCCUGAACAUCGUCAAUAUUUGCAAAUUCGUCAAGUUUGUUUUCAUAACAAUUUACUAACAUUUAUCAAACAAAUAAUUGAAAAUCGAAAUAAUUCACAUGCACCUAUAUCAUCACAUGUUGGUAGUAUCAUUCUUAAUUCCUUAAAACUUAUUUAA